AUGUUCUUCAAAUUCCUCCUGAGCCUUUGGAUGGACACUUUGGCAUAUGUGCUCCAUCUGACACCAGCAGCCGAUGAGUUGAGCUUGAAGGCAGCUUCUACUAUUGCUUUUAUUCGGGCCUGCUCAAGAGGACUAAGACCAGGACGUCUCUCAAUUGCACAACGAGAUUCUCUCAACACUCGCAAAGCUGACGAAGAUUAUCUGACCGUCCGAUGCAAGCUGCCUGUUUCUUCAAAGAAUAAUCUCGCGUAUGUGAUUUCCCAAGCUUUCAAAUCACUUGGCGAUGGAAGCGAGACCUACGAGCAUCAAGGCUGCGAGGAUAUCUACGGCGACUGGGUUGGUCCAUGCAAGCGUUCAGCGGUGCCGGUGUCUUUGAACUCUGCGUCCGAGAGAGAGCAAUACAAUACUCUGAUGAGUGCGGUAACACGGAGCACUACGAUUCUGUACUUUCAGGGAGGACAAUUUUGGCGGAGAGGUCGAGGCGGUAUCAAGAUCCAAAACAAGCUUGCCCAUAAAGUAGGAGGCAGGACCUUUGGGCUGCUAUAUCGCCUGUCGCCUCAGAAUCCUUUCCCAGCCGCCUUGAUAGAUUGUCUUACAGCCUAUCUCUGUCUCCUAUACCCGACCUCCGAGCACCUCCACGAUCCGAUUGACGCUCGAGAUAUAUACCUUGCUGGAGACAGUGCGGGCGGGAACCUCGCCGUGGCUCUCUUGAAACUGAUUCUUGAGAUUCGCAAGCUGUGCCAGAAUGGAGAAGCAACCCUGUGGUGGAAUGGAGAAGAAACGAUAGUUCCUCUACCUGCCGGAGCUGCUGUGCUGUCGCCCUACUUGGACAUGACGCGAAGUUUCCCGAGCGAAGGGGCCAACCUGCGUUUCGACAUCAUACCAGCUCGCGGGCCUCCAUUUGCAAAUCAAGAUCGAUGCGACACAUGGCCAGCCAAACGACCUCGACACCACGUCUAUGCAAACGACGAUGCGCUUUUACACCCUCUGGUGUCUCCAGUGACUGUGCGAGACUGGACGGGAUGCCCUCCAGUCUGGAUAUGCGUUGGCGAAGAGUGCCUUGCCGAUGCCGGUCUCUUCAUGGCGCAGAAAAUGGCAUCGGCCAACGUCGUGGUGUUUGUUGAGCAGUUUUCCGCCAUGCCGCACAACUUUGCGCUGCUUUGCGAGUCGGAUUCGACAGCGCAGGCGAUACAGAGCUGGGCAGAAUUUAUUUGUGGCGUUAGGGAUGGCUCGCUGGGAAAGCCUGUGGUGGUGAAAUGGAGCCAUCAGCGAUCGCAGCUCGGGCGGCAGCCAUUGUCUCUGGAAAUGUGGCGAGGAAUGUCUAGAGAGACUGUGCUGAAGCAGAUGAAGGAAGAAAUGGUGAAAUGGGGUCCACCUUCUGCCUGA